AUGCGCGGCUGCCGCGCAUAUGCCCCAGCAGCGGCCAGGUUCAUCGUGAAUCUGUACCUCGCCCAGGCGCUCACUCCACUCGGACUUGAGCUCGCCCGUGUGCUCGUGGUACGGCUCAGCGUGUUCGAUCCACUCGGUCCACAAGCCCACCACCCGCUCGGCCUCUGGCGGGCUGACCUCGAACCACUCCCGAGCCGCUCCACGCGCAGCGGAUACCGCGUGAACGAGCUCCAGACCGCCGAGGGCUCGUACCGGCACGCGCUCGCGAUCCUCUGCAUCCGCUCGGGGACCGACCGCGUCGUCAUCCCGAUCUUGACGUGGCCCGUCGGCGGACUCACGGCUUCGCUGUGCGGCAGGCUGAAUACGUACACAUAG